UAAUGAAGCCAACAAUAAUGUCUGAGUAGGCAGCGCAGGGCAACGCUUCCACUGGUUGAUCGCAAGCGUGGUCGCGAGGUCGUGGCGCGUUGCUCCGAAAGUGGCGCUGCAAGUUGUCGGCGGGUAAAGUUUGUGCGGCAUAGUGCGAGGCACCCGCCUCCCGACACCCGCCACCCAUACCGAUCGAAGGCGCGGCGCGCGCACCACCCCAUGCUCAAUAUAUAUCACGUAUCGUACGGUCGACCCUCACAACGCAAGAAGAACGCGUGCGAACGCCUAUAACGCCGCUCGCCUGGGGCGCCGCUCUCUCUCUUUCUCUCUUUUUCUCUGUUCGUCUGUUUCUCGCUGAUGCGGUCGCACUGAGGCCGAUGCAGGCUCCGCCAUGCCGCGCUGCCUCAUGGCCAAGAAGUGGAAGGUGGCUCCGGCGGGGGAACUGGUUGAGUCUGAUGAGGAGAUCGACGUGGUCGGCGAGGGGCGCGGCCGGAGCCCCGCACCCGCCGCCACCGCGCCGGGCCCUUCACCUCGCGAUCCAGAACCGACGCUACUCUACAACGGUUACACAGAGGAGCAGCCUUCCACACAGUUCACCGCACAGCUUCCAAGCGAGGUGAGCCCGGCUCCCCCCGGCCCAUCUCAGCCGGCGUCUCAGCCUCUCUCCUACGCUCUUCUACAAAUCUCGACCUCCGACUCGACCGAAACUCCUUUCAUUCAGGUACAUCUCCAAUCUUCACCUGUCUCCCCUCCUCCGCCACCGGCGAGCGGCAAAUCUACAUCCUUGUGCUACACGAGCAGCGGCACCCUACUUUCACUUCCACCUAAAAAGAAGGACAUCUAUCGACCCUACUGCUUAGGAGAUCGUGCCUAUUUACAACGCCCGGAGGAAGAUCUCAACGCAGCCCAUGCCAUCCUUGAUCUUAGUCAACAUGCAGUUUUCCUUACCACGCCGCCGCGCACUGAGCCCUCGCCUCCUGAACUUCCCCCACCGCCCCCGGAACCAGAACCAGAAUCUUCACAAGAACAAUCCGAACGCCCCCGAGAAACAGUUGCCUAUACAUAUGAUGCUUUCUUCGUCAGUGAUGGUCGAUCGAAGCGAAGAAAUUUUGCAAAUGCUCCAGUAGAAAGUGCUCAGCAACCGACCGACCAUAAAUCUAAAUAUACAUGCAGUGAAUGCGGUAAACGUUACGCCACUUCUUCAAAUCUCUCGCGACAUAAACAGACCCACCGCAGUCUCGAUUCUGUUUCGGCAAAGCGGUGUGGAGAAUGCGGCAAGGCAUAUGUGUCUAUGCCCGCUCUGGCUAUGCAUGUGUUGACACAUCAGCUAUCACACGUAUGCGGCGUCUGCGGCAAGUUAUUUUCCCGACCGUGGUUACUGCAGGGUCAUUUGCGUUCUCACACUGGCGAGAAACCUUAUGGAUGUGCCCAUUGCGGAAAAGCGUUUGCAGAUAGAUCCAAUUUGCGCGCUCACAUGCAGACCCACUCCUCUGAUAAAAACUUCGAAUGUUCUCGAUGCCAUAAAACCUUUGCACUCAAAAGCUACCUCAACAAACAUCAAGAAUCAGCCUGUGUUCGUGAUGAUGACUCACCGUCGCCUGAUGCCCCCGCCUCAAUGACAGAAUAGGCCGGUAUCGCUAUAGUAACUAGGGACCGUCAUACCACCAUUUUGGUUUACUCGUUAACGUAAAGUAUUAAUAUGAAUUUAGUUCAUUAGCAUAAAAUAAUAUAAUAAAUUAAUAUUAAAUAGGCCUCUAAACCGGUACGUUCUAAAGGCGCCCGGCCCAUGAGUGCCGCAAUCGAGCAACGUUUCGCAAACAACGAAUAACGUACGACCCCGUAGUGACGCAAGCGUGGCAUUAGCCUGCAGCGACAGACGUCCUGUUAAAGAUUAACAUAAACAUGUAUAUAUACUUGUCGAUAAAUAUACCCGUAUAUACAUAGAAAUAAUGAAUACGAAUGAAAUUAAUAUCUUUUGUAGGUGAUUUUUACAACCGGAACGUAGGUUAGAGAGUAUCACGGUGUAAGUUUAUUAUGGGGGUGCGCGUAAGCUCGUCUGUGGAUGGAGACGGAGCACCUGGGUGCGCUACGUCGCGUCGGUGAGGAACUUACCGAAUCUUUCCGUCCGAAGCUCCGCAAACGUCGCCGCGUCCGCCCGUGUCGAUGUUACAGCGCCAACCGGCUCCAUCACUCGAACCGUCCAAACCCUACGAUUUUAUGAGAACUGCACUCAUAUCUGAUUUUACUAGUCAUUUACAGACACAGCAAAAAAAAAUGAAUUGUAAUAAAGAAUAAAUAAAUCUCCGAAAGUGUUAACAUUAAUUUAAAAGUGAUCAAAAAUCUUGCGUAGACUUGUAGCGUUAUCGUAGAAUCGUAGACAGUUGGACGGAGUUAUGUUUCUAGCUUGGCCUGUAGAUUAUGGCCGCGUCGAUCGCCCCGUCACAGUGCCUUAUCGGCGACCACGCGCCGAACCCGUCCCGCCAUCGUCGCCCUUCAAGCCCCUGUGCCUCAUUCAAAUUUAACUCGAUAUAUAAUUUAAGGAAAUAUUUCAUGAAGGGGACUUCAAACAAUUCAUAAUACGUUUUUCUUAGAUAAGCAAUUCAAUAAUAGGAAAGUAACCGUUUUAUUACCGCACACUGAUUCAAAAUCAAAAUUAUUAAAUCAAAAAAUAGCCACGGGUUAAUAAAUGAUGGGAAAUACGUAUCGGGCGAGUGGCGGGCGCAUUGAGCGACGUCGUUAUUAGGGACGGGCAGCGCCGCAUUACGCAGUGAGCAGCCUUUAGAUUGAGAGUGUGUUAUAGCAAGAAGUAAAGUGUAACUGGCAAUAACAUAACUUAGAUUAUAAUAGCUAUAGACUAGUUUAAGAGACGGGCACGAGGUGCUCGGUGAGAAAUGGGUAUUCGAAAAGCAAUAAUAAUGUAGGCACUAAAUAAGUCGCGCACCGCAGUCAAUCGACGCAGCUGACUUUAUUCUAAUCCUGUAGCAAUCUGUAGCUGUCCUAGACGGAGUGCAGCGUCGGCCUCAUGGUGCAUCUUCUAUACGUCAAUGCGUUUCUAAGCGACCAAUUUGCAAAAAAGACUAUUAGUGGUAUGCACAUAGAUUAAUCGAAGUAGAUUAGGUCGUAAAAAGGAUCAUCCGCGAGGCCGCCGCUUUUUAAUUACCUAUCAUUAAUAUUUAGGUAGUGCCUCGCAUGUCAAUUUGUUCUUAAUGAAUUUCUUUAAUCCUGUCAAUUAUGAGAUUAUCUCGGUAAAAUUACUAUGUUCCCUGGCAUGCAUCCUUCGGAUCAAAACUUCGUCAAUUCCUCGUUUUAUUAUAAUUUCUAUAGUUGGAAAUAAAUUUUAGGCGUUGUUAUUGGAUGGUUAAGUGCUUUUAAAAUAAAGUUUAAGUUGCAGUUAAAUAUAUAAAAGUACCGACCCUUAUUUUUCUAAAAACCGACUUAUUUUGUAAAAACAUUCAAGCUCUAAUGCAGUAAUAAAUUUUCUCAGCUAAAAUGGUUUAACAACAAAAUCUCGUCAUUAAUAUUCGCAUUAAGUUCAGUUACUCCUAUAGAUAAACUUAAUUAGCUAUUAAACAAAGGUUGCGCGUAAUAAGCAAUAUAUUGUAAAUCGAUAAGCAAUAUUAGGUUAGAAUAUACGUAGUUCAUAAAACGUAAGUCAUACAUGAUAUAUAUUGUUCAUAUUAAGUAGUUUUCUAGACGUUUUUGGUGCUUUGGAGUACAGUAUUGAACGAAUCUUACAUCGAAUUUUAAAAUAAUUCAGGAUUCAAUAAUUGUGAUAUUCUGUUUGAAAAUUUUGUUUACAAUGCGUUAUUAUAGGUUAUAGAUUUUAUAGUUCUCUUUUCGUUAUUUGGAUCUCGAUUAUUUUUCUUCCAUUGUUACUAUUGUCUGAGUGUGUACUCCUAUGCGUUUUCUCUUUAUUUAACAUUUUAGAUCUAGGCUACUACAUUUUUUAGCAUAAAGCAAUUUUAUCGCUUUCAAAAAAGAAUCAAAAACGAGAAAAUAUUUUGUUCAAAUAUUUAUACUAACGUUAUUGUAGUUGUAGCUAUUUUAUAAUAAGCGAUCGUUUAAAAAAAUCUAAUAUAGUGAAGGUAAAGUAAUAUAUACAAAACAUAUACUAAUAUUUAAAUGUAAAUAUUUCCAUAUGUACCAAAUUACCUUCUUUACAAUUUUUGUAGGUGUAGGUGUCAAAUAUUUGGAAUAAUAUAUUUAUGUAGUAAAAGUAGAUACUUGUAAGGUUGAGCGACUUAACAUCUUCUGCAACUGCAAAAUGAUAAUGCACACCAAAUUAAAAUUUUAUUCUAGCGCUUUACGAUUAGAUUUUAUUAAAUCUAUCUAUUUCUUUAGGUAGUUAAAUACUACAAAGAUUCCAUUUCAAAUAUUUUUUUAUUUCAAAAACUUAGUGAUAAAAAGCCGUAAAUUGUAGCAUCGCCCGAGUGGUUGUGCGGCUUUUUUAAUGCUUCACCCAAUAUCGAUUAUUUUAUAUUGACGAUAGAAAUAUACAUCGAAGCUACGUCAGAUUUUUAUGGUCUAUUUAUAGCUAUACAAUGUAUGCAACGAAAAAUAUUAUGUUCAAUAUAACUACGCCGUGAUAACAGUGUUCUCGUUCUUAUAAAUGCAUUUAAGUGAUACUAUACACUGUCCAAAAGUAAUAAACAAGCAAUAAAUAUCGAAAGCAAUGAAAAAAACGAAUAGGCUAAGGUAACUAAUAAGCAAUAUUUUAAAAAAACGAAAAGCAAUAUUGUCUAGUGUAACUUUAGUUUAGGGGGAGUGAUACAAUGAACUCAUGCAUGCAAACUUGUUGCCAUAUAAUUAGACUGCAACCAGUGAUACCCGUAGUGUUGUGUACGUCAUUCGCAAAGCAAUACUUUUCACUUUAAACGUUAGUUAAUACUAUUUAUUAUACACGAAUAUAGUGAAUAUACAUCUAGAUUAGCUUUGUAGAUUCGAAAGAGAGAACACCAAUCAAAAUAAGGAUAGAUAUUAUGUAUAACGAAUUGUGAGAAUAGCUUUUUGAUAGAUUGGCAGUAUGUUAAAUAAAAACACACAGUACAAAUAAAGUAAAGUCCGAACAAAAGACAUCUAUGAUAUAGCUAAAGAACAUACAUUGAAAAUAAUCUUAUACAAAAUUAGAAUUAAUUAUUGAUUUAUACAACUACAUAAAUCGAUAAAGACAAUAUUAGUGUGUUUUUGUUAAGCAUACGGCUCUAUUAAGAAUUAGUUUCAAAAUUUAGUAUGGAUAAAUAUAAUGGUGGUCCCGAAGUAUAAACUGCAAAUUGGAAUGGAUGACUAAAAUUUUGAUGUAUGUAAGUAGGGACCUUACAUUUCAUUCUUCAAUAUUCAGUAAGGCAAUCGCUAGUUUUAACUAUAAGUGUAAUAAAUUUCUGUACCAACAAAGAGUUAUGAAAAUACCUGUUUAAUAAUAAAACAGCAUGAAUAUUGUAACGUUAUUGAGUGAGAAUACACUUGCAGUUUAUGUCGAGACCAAAAAUGAAAAUUCCUAUUUAGUACCGAAAUACAUCCAAUAUUCUAGAUUUUAAUUGUUAUACACAAUUUAAUUUAUCCAUACUUAGGGAUUCUAUGAGAAAAAAUUCUUAUAUACCUACACAAAAUUAAAAUUAUAAAAUAAGGUAAUACGAAAGCAAUAAAGUGACAACGAUAGCUAAUAAUCGAAAUUUUACAACGAAUUGUUUGUUCAGGUUUUUAAUAAAUGAAACAAAAAUUAAAAUGUGGGACUCCACCCCCUUAUUCAAAAAAAAAGUCUAAAUUAAAACUAACCGGGUGUCCUCUUUGUUACAUUGACGACGCGGUCUUUCAGCGUUCAAUGUUGUUGACACAAGGAGACAAGAAGGUCAAACAUAUAUUUGCUUUUUAUGAAUAAGGAGGUGAACGUUUAACUUUCAGUAGAUUUCUUCAUGAAUAUUAUUUUGUUAAGUUUAACGAUUAAUGUUUAAAAGUUCAUUUUUUUUUAUCGUUUUAAAAAAACUAUGUAAAACUUAGACACUUUAGAUUUAGAGUAUUUAAUUACCAUUUUUACCACUAGUUUUAGAACGUGUCACGUGAAAUGAGUAGUGCGUGAGAGUAGUAGAUCUAGAUGCAUAUAUUUAUAAUCGUAAAGCAAAGGGGCAAUAAGAGGCAUUUUAAUGGCCUUAAUUUUUACAAACAGCACCAAUAAUCCCACAAAUUCGCCCAUAAAUCAUAAUAAAUCGACCAGUGUGAAAGUUCUACAAAUAUAAGGUUGUGUCUACUUGCAAAUGAAAAAAAGUCAAAUCAGCCAAGAGUCUAAGCCCACUAACUAAUCUAAGUAAAGUUCCAGUCGUUGCUGGCAAACCUGAAACUUCCUGCAGUUAUUGUCCUAGAUAUUAGCCAAAUCAAUUAUAAUCGUAUAGAUGUAGAAUGUCAAUUUUUUGAAUUCAAUUAAUCCUUCCUAAUAAGCAAUUACCAAAAGUACCUACAUAUUAGAAAUAACAUUGCAUGUAUUUAUUUAAGUACAUUAAAAUACAUAUAGCUUGUUGUAUAAAGUAAAAUGUGAAAUAUUAGACGAUUAAAAAGUCCUUGUAUUAUAACAUAAUAAGAAUAAGCAAACUAAUGUAACUCGAACACUACAUUUUGGAUCUUUUAAUAAAACAACAUAUUUGGAUUUUUUUAUGUAAUAAUUAUAUUUUUAAGUUGUAUGUCAAUGUGUUCACUAUGUUUGGCGAUAGUAACGAAUUUCCAACUGUGUAGCUUUCCGCUCAGCGAAGAUAUAUCGGUUUCAACAUGCAAAUUCCUAUUAAACUACGGGCAUAGAACUUCAUAAGAUGUAUUGCAGGAAAACAAUUGUAUCAGACGCACUCAGAGUCGUGUAUAACUAACGCCUCAUUUUGGCUACAUUAAAUUGAAGAAUCUUAUUAGCUUACAAAUCGAUGAACUAAAUAAAAUCUUUAAAGUUCGACGACUCUCAGUGGCGAUAAUGUUUAAACUUUUGUAAACUAGAUUAUUACGUUUAAAUAAUGUGUAGUCAUUAUAACAUACUAUCUAGGGUCCACUACGUUUUAGUUAGUUAACGUAGGUACCGUUUAAUAGUAUUUUAAUCUGUAUAAUUUCAUCACUUAUUUAUUAAGUUCGCAGGGCUUUCGAUUUCCAUUUUAACGUAAAGAUUUAAAUUUUGCACAAAUGGUUUUUACGCAAUUUUGUGAUAUCUAAAUUGAUUUAGCCUCACUGCGUUAACACAUAGGCAUGCAGAAAGUACAAAAUAGAAUUAUCAUUACAUAAUUGUUUGUAUCAUGGUUAUUAGGAACAUGUGUUGAGCACGCUUAUGUUAAUUUUACAUUUUUAGUAGUAUAUUUUUUUAAUUGCUUUAGUUCUUUAAAUACACUGUACUUAAAUAUACGUCUUUUAUUUA